AGUCACAAAAACCCUCUCAGCGAGAGGGGAACGACAGGAUAGCGAGCAAGAGAGGGGGGAUAACGGCGAGAAGGAAGUGCGUGCGCCCAUCGAACCACGAUAUUCCGUCAUCAAGCCACCAGAAUCUCUCUUGGAACCUGCGAUUGCCGUCAUCACACGCCCGAGAUAGACGAAUCGAUGCUUUCUCGGGCGAGAUGAGACUGACUGUCACCCCCUUGGCCUCCCUUGUGAUCACCAAAACAAUCGCCGAGUCCCCGAAUCGCCGUCUGACCCUUCGCUUCCUCAUCGUAAUCGCCGUCUCUUAUUCAUUAUUCUGGGUGCGCUCUGCCGUUGCGCAACCGACGCAAUCUGCGCCCCACCUGCCUUGGUCCAUGUUGGACGCUUUCCGUCGGCUGGGAAUCUGGGCGUUUCAAGGCCUCUCACGGGGAGAAGCACCAUGGGAAAGGCUCAUGAGAUGGGAGAAACUGUGGCCGAAUCGUCAGAAAGGUCGAAAGAACAUAUCUUUGAGCCAGAAAAAUUUAUGGAGCGCGUGGAGGAUGAGGACUUUUUUAUAUUGCUGUGUUCUUGCAGCGGCCACUGGCGGUCUUGGCGAAAUUGCGUGAUUUCAAGAGAAAUGAGGUUAUCAGUAAGUGCUGGUUAGUCAUGAUGAUAGUCAACUAUACAGAUGGAUAUAAGAGGUGAUAUGGAUUAAAAUUACUGUAUCCUUGGUAUAUAUUCUAAUCUCAACGAGGUGGAAAUUAUUUGACA